AUGUUCAAUUCGACGAUUGAUAACCAUGCCGUGUUGGACCAAGUUGUAGAGGCGGAAUUAAAAAUUGUAGCUUGGGCUGUAGAGAACAAUAUUUCGUUUUCUGCUGUAGACAAAUUGAUGGCUGUCAUCAACCAACUCGAUCCCGGGUCCGUUAUUCUACAAAAGAUGAAAUUAGGACGUACAAAAACAACAGCUGUUGUAGAAGGGGUUUUUGCGGAAACACAACAUGCAGAACUGGUGGCCACGAUGAAGCGAAGGAAUUUCUCAUUGCUGAUCGACGAGUCCACCGAUUUGACGAACAAGAAAACAUUGGCCAUGGUUGUGAGAAUUUGCCUCGAGACUCUCUCUGGAUCCCUUCAAGUACGAGACAUGAUUUAUAAGGUGUUGGAAAUCAGUGCGGCAGACCAUAAAACAAUCUUCGACGCGAUUGUGGCCGAGUUCGAGAAAGAUGGUAUAGACUACCGGAAACUCCUAAAGGGUUUUGGGUCCGACGGAGCUGCGGUCAUGAUGGGGUCGAAACACUCAGUCAUGGCCCUGCUAAAAAAGGAGUGUCCAGACAUUGUUGUCAUUAAAUGUUCCUGCCAUUCGCUGGCACUGUGCGCCAGCCACGCCUGCGAAAAACUACCGAACUACGCAGAACAACUUUUACGGGAUAUAUAUUCUUAUAUUUCCAACAGCCCAAAGCGUGCCUCUGAAUUCUCCAUGAUCCAAGAAAUUCUUGAACUGAAGCCUCUUAAAAUGCUCCACCCUGCAGCAACUCGAUGGUUGAGUUUGGAAAGUGUUGUCAAAAGAGUUCUAGAAAGAUUUGAAGAAUUAGAAUUAUUUUUUUCAUUCCAAUCAAACAAUGAUCAAAAUGCCACAGCUAAAAGGAUCUUAAAUCAUCUGCAAGACCCAAUGACCAAACUUAUUUUAUUUUUUUUAUCAUACAUACUGCCUUUAAUUAACAAUUUGAAUCGCCUCUUCCAAUCAGAGUCUCCUGAAUACACAAGUAUUCAUCAAGAAACAAUGUCAUUUUUCAUGACAUUAAUAAGAAAUGUUUGCCAUGCCAACUACAUAACCCAAGCCAACGAUUUUUUUGAUAAUUUCGAAAACCAUUUAAAACCAGACCAGGAAGUUUAUGUAGGCAUUGCUGUAGAAGAAGCAAUAAAAUCAGUAAAUGGAAGAGCCGGAUUCCCUUUAAUAAAAAGUUUUUUAUCAAAUAUAUUUAUGCUACCGCACUCAUCCGCAGCUGUGGAGAGAAUUUUCUCACAAUUUAAUGCAAAUAAAACUAAAGUAAGGAAUCGAAUAAACAUUUUCACGUUUUUUCGGCUUAUUUUUCAUUGCAAGUAUUUAUUCAACGAAGACGCCGUAUCCAACCCGUUCGUCAACGCCAGACGAACUGCCACCAUUUUGGCAAUCUCAUCAGGACACAAGUUCCCGUUCCUGAUCCGCCAUCAACAAUCCGCCAUUGUUGAACCAAACCCCGGUGAAGGUAACCUGUGA